AUGAUCAGAGAAGACGAAAACCAGUUAUACGCAAUGUCAGGACCAGUAGCCCGAGCAGAAAGCUCUUGCAGAAGAUGCCAUCGCCGAAAGAAACGCUGCGACAAGGCCCUACCACAGUGUCGGGCCUGUCAACAUGCCAAUCAGCGAUGCAGCUAUCUCGACGACGAAAAAGAAACGGCGACAUUCUCUAUUGCAUAUGUCCGAGGACUAGAAAUGCGUGUCAAAGACUUGGAGCAGCAAUUGGCAAUGUUCCUUGAUAUGCGAACGACCGAACAGGAAACGCUAUUCGGUCCUUCGAAUGACAUUGACGGUGUGAGAUUGGACUUUAAUACUCGACCGAUAGAAACUUCUCCGAUCCACGUAAUCGCGCAACCGCAGCCGAUACAAGCCAGCCCGCCAACCCAGCAGCAACAAGGUGUAGUAAAUGGCCAGCACAUCCCCAUUACUACCCAAAAACCCGACUCAUUGGCGGAUGAAUUGAAACUACUUUCCUUGGAGGCUGCCGCAGACCGCCACGUCGGAUCAUCUUCUGGGAUAUCUUUCGCCAAACUUACACAGGCCGUUCUCCGACGACUAUCACCAGAUCGACAAGAAUUCGUUUUUGAUGAUGAGCAGGAGGAGGAAGACGAUGAUGAUGAAGAAGAAGAAGAUGACUGUGUACCAAAUGAGACGGAGACUACUCCCACGUUCUCAUUUGCGUUCAACGAAAUUAAUACGCACUUGGUCUCGUCUCCGCCACUGCCACUCUAUUUUCCUUUAUCCAACGAUCAGCAACAGGACGGCCUUAUUCAUGAAGUAUUAUCUCUUAUCGAGCCGGCUCAUAUCAGCCAUCUACUCGAGUUCUAUUUCGCCCAUUCUCAUACCUUGUAUCCGUUUGUUCGGCAGCAGGAAUUCACAACUGUCCUUUGGCGGUUGUAUGCCGACCCUUCCGACCCGCUUGCUCAGUCUCCGUUGUGGCAGUUCCGGAUCUGGAUGGUUCUAGCGAUUGGAUCAACGGCAUAUUCUUCGGUAUCUUUGCUGGAUGAGUCGGAAUCCGUCCAGCUGUUUAACCGGGCCAUGGUGCAUUUUGAGGGUGCUAUGGGAUGCGGAGAUUUGGCCGCUCUAGAAGUUUUGAUGCUUCAAGUAUCGUACUCUUUUUUCAAUAAAAUUGGUCCGAAUACAUGGAUUUUGAUCGGAAUGGCGGCUCGUAUGGCGACUGGCAUGGGCUUACAUACCGCUGAGCAAUACAAGAGUCUCACCGUGGAUCUUGCCGAGCACCAGAAACGCCUCUUCUUCUGCCUGUAUAUGAUGGACCGUGUUGUUUCGUUGGCUUUGGGGCGUCCAUUCGCCAUCCAAGAUGAUGAUAUCACUGUAGAGCCCUUUGCAGACGUAGACGACGAAAACAUACAACCAGAUGGCAUCAUACCAUCCACAAAGCUCGAGCCAUCAACCAUGGCCAUCCCCCUGCACAUCUUAGCCCUCCGGACCAUUGCUAGUGACAUUGGAAGUAAAGUCCAUGCAGUCCGAAACAGCGACCCAGCCAACCAACAAAUGAAAGAACAGACCCUCCAAAACCUUCACAGAAGGCUGAUAGAAUGGCGACGGACGAUGCCGUUUCCGCUACCAGACCUACAAUCCAAGGUCCCUCAUUUGUGCACAAAUUGGUUCGACUUUAAUUAUUAUACCCAUGUAAUUAUGCUUUAUCGCCCAUCUCCGCUCUGUCAAACGCUAGAUCUUGCUCAACUGCGAGUUCUUGCCGAAGCAUCCAGCAUGGCUAUCCGACAAGCCACGACCAUGCAUCGACAGCAACGCUUCUCAUACAAUUGGCUCAAUCUCGCUGUUUUGUUCAAUGCGACACUUUCUUUGAUGUACUCGACAACGGCACAACCGAACAAUUUGUCUCAGGUGUUGGAGUCGAGUAAAGCAAUUGAAGAUUUGGAGUUGAGCAUUGAAUUGUUGCAGGCUUUUAGUCGGAAGUUUGCUUCUGCAAAGAGGAUUCAGGGGAUGAUUCGGAUUGUUUUGGGCAAGUUGAAGCUGCAGGUUGUUCAUUCGUAA